AUGAGUUGUUCAUCCGAUUCUCUAUUAAAUGACAUUUACAGUCACGUGAAUGGUUCUUUUUACUACAAAGUUCCCGUUUCUAGGUCUAAUGACAUUAAAAGUACACAGUUCGAAGAUGUAAAUCUGCCUUUCUUAGUUCGUGGCCGAGCGCUCACCAAAUGCCUGAUGGUAUUUGAUGGAUCUUCUAGCGUUGUUGACCUAUCAUUAGAGGUAAUAGACAACGAAUGGUGGUUUGACCUCUCUGAUCGACGGAGACUGCAAUUGCACGAUCGCGAACGUCGAUGGUUUAAAGAGAAAACAACAAUACCGUCUCAGAUUCCAAUAUGUUAUGGGGAAAUAAGAACCGUUGGUAAUUCAAACACGUUUUCAGGACUCUUGAAAAUACAAGAUGUGAAAUUGAAGAGUUUCGCACCUUUUGAGACUCUUCAAAACGAGUUUGAAAGCGCGUUAGUAGCUGAUACUGAGACGCAGGAGAAAAAUGAUCCAGAAACCCUGGAUGAUUCGGAUCUGGAGCUCUUAGCGGGUGACGAGCAAUUUCCCGAGGAAGAGUUUACGACACUGGGUGGCAGUCCACCUGCAAUAAUUUGCACAACUUUUGUCGCGAGCCGAAAUAUGCUGAAAACUACUUUCAGAAAUAAAGUAAUCCAAUGCCCCUUUGAGAUCAUAGACUGUAAGAUCAAACGCAGUGUACUUGAAAGUCCAGAAGAUGUUGCCAUUAUACUGUCUACCGAAGGCAUAAUAUAUUCCGCAGCUUUCGAUGCCGAGUUUCAACCCUUUGUAAUGCAGUGGUGGAAAUUGCAGAAAAUUGAUGGCGUUCCUCGUGGUAUAAGCGUGCUUUCUUCCUCAAGUCAAUUCGUCGUCACGACUGACACAACUCUCAAAUUUUACAGAUUCACCGACGCGUAUCAUUUCGAGCUCGUAAGCAAUCUGAACUUUGCUGACAGGUCUAUUUCACAGACCUCUUUUCUCAACAAUGGCGACCGAGGUAAUCAUUUUAUGAUAUUUUCAGCGCUCCGGCGUCGCAAUGAGAUCACUUUGUGUUUAACUCAAUGGGGAGCAGCGGACGAAGAGCGCAAAGAAGUUCACACUUUGACGCUGCUCGAAAGCGAGCCUAUCUUGAGUAUUAUCGCUCUAGAUGAUUCUCGAUGCUUAACUGUCACCGAUACGGAAAUCAAGCUCGUAACAGCCAAUCAAGUGCUGUCCGGCGAGCUGAUUUUUAAUUCUUUUAAACGAUCUAUGUUCGGCUCUAACUUAGUGAAAUGUUUUGACGAUUUGAUGUUACUUUCCAAACUAAAGAGUAUAAAAGAGGACUUUCAAGACUCAGUCCAUUGCACCGUAUUCUCUACAUCUAAUGGCGCACUUUGCUGCUGCCUAAGUGACGAAGACGGAAGCCUCAAAUUUUUAGCUCUGACCAGGAUCAAAGGUCUUGAUUCCGCCUUUUUGAUCGAUAAUUCUUACACAUCCUCUGAUACUUACGUUGUGGUGAUCUCCAGUUUUGGGCAGUUAAUUCGAAUAUGUUUGGACUUGAAUGAUGUACAAGAAUUGGAAAAAGACUACAAAAUCAAUUCCUUCCAAAAUGUUCGCAAUAAGCAGAAUGUCAGCGCUGGUCAUGGAAUGGCAGAGUCUAUAGCGUACAUUCCUGGACCUCAAAGACAUGCAGAUAAAGAAGAUCGCUUGUGUUUACUGUCGCAGGCAGCUAUCUCUGUGCUUUCUCCUAAUAGGCUGGUUCAGGAUUGUUCGGUACUACUUUCGCUCAAGUCCUUUAGGGCCACUUCGACUCUGAAAGUCUUGGACUGUAGAAAUCUGUCUGAUAAAUGGAAGAACCAACUCAUGGGGAGCGCUGCUGUCGACACCCCGAAAUUCCUAGUCUUGGACGAGACUCCCAACGGCGAUUCGAGCCUAUUACUGGUUGAAUGGACCAUGGACUAUAGCGCUUACACUCUAACAGAGCUCGAUGAUGUUUUAAGAGUGGAACUGAGCAGUACGGUGAUGAUUUACUUCACGGAGCACAAUUUUGUCCAGGUAACUUCUCGGGUUUUAAGCAUAGAUAGUUUCGAGGACAACAACUACCGUAGUCACCAAGUCAGCUUCAUUGUCACAGGAGCGAUGUGCGAGGGUAAAAAACUUCUACUUUGGAAUGCAGAGAGUGGACACAUGCUUUUCAUUGAUGAUAUCGAUGAUAGAGGAAUGGACACUCAUCAUGAAUUUAAAGUUCCCAUGGAAUGCAAACAUUCACAAAUAACAGCAAUGAUGUUUAUGAAAGACAAAAAUGGUUUGGAACACAUAAUUGCUAUCAGCGACGAGUCUCUCCAUCAGAUUAGCUGCGACGACUUAAUUUCUUCCCGAAAUGGGUUUUGUCAAAUAGGUAAGGUUCGCGCACACUACGGAGACUCACUACUGGCUAAUUCUUAUUUGAGCGAUCUUGAAGGCUGUCUUUACCGAAUUUCCAUGAAAGAGACAACGCAAGAUAACAUUACAAUUGAAAAACUAGAUGUGGGUUUAGAGUUCGGAUUUCCGUGGCGUAUUCGGCUCGUGAAUGUAGACGAAUGCAUUCUCUUCUCCCCUCGAGCAAUGUAUCUACUGAAUCUUGCAGAUAUGACUGUUGUUGAGGUUCCAGUGGGCGUCAACAAGAAGCAUGCCACUAUUAUAGACGUAAGAGCCAGUGAGAAAGUCUUUUUCGUCCUUUUCUCAGAUGGCUUGGAGGUACUAUCUCGCAGUUGCCUGACCCACACUCGCUCCCAUCUAACUGUGAGAAACGCUAGGACGAAGCAUAAGCAAUACCUGUCUUUAGACCGGAUAAAUCGAAUGCUUAUAGUAAAUUGGUACAAGAAAACCCUUGAGUCCGCGAAGCUGGAGAAUGGUAGACUGAUGACUCUAGAUUCUCGAUGCCUUGAGGAGUUCGAGACCAUCACCGAAGCGAUCGAGCUGAAGAGAGAAGCGGGUCCUAUCAAUUUAAUUAUCGCUGGGACCAUUGACUCAAGUAAAUGGAUCAUCAAAUUUGUUCAGGUGGUGCCAUGUCCAGGAAAGUUGAUCACUCGCGAGGUGAGCACGUACAACUUUGAGGGACCCGCCCCAGAUAACCUUCACAUUGUUCCCGUUAGUGAAAAUGCAUUUUGGCUUUCGUAUGGCACGAAGUUGCAAUUGUUUCUUCUGGAGUCCAAUGUUCUCAACCCCGUGGGCUCAGAGGAGACCACACAAGAAGAGCUAACGUCUUUGGAUGCAAACUCUGACAUUGUGGUUUCAUUGAGGUGUAAUGGAGAUAUAAAAUUCAAAACUAGAGAAAAGGACGGCUCAUGGAGCUCAGCAGAGAUCGUGAAAAAAUCCCCCGACAUAAAAUAUCGCAAACCGCUCGUGAUAAAUCGCGAUUGCAUAGCUAUUGUCGGGGAUUGCAACAGCGAAUCAAGCCAUUGCGCCGUUAUAACCUUUUUCACACCAUUUGAUGGAGACAUCAUCUAUUUCAAUGAAAUAUGGUUUGCUGAACCCAUACGAGACGUGAAAUACUCUAACAAAAACGACGAGUUAUGUGUUCUCCACACGAAUGGAAGUGUCGUUUUAUUCAGCGGCCAGCAAGAGUGCCAUCGAAUUUGUCACGUUGUUGGACACAAAGUAAGUAUCGACUACUAUCAAGAUGCAACGAGCCAGACGGGGUGCUGGGAUUUCACGCCCCACCGUCUGCUUCCUUCACAACAACCAUGGUAA